CUUGAUAUUUAUCUGAUAUGUAUGUAUGUAGCGAUAAAUAUUUAUGGAUCGUUGCCACGAUCGUUGCCACACCUCAAUGAAUUAUGCAUCUUUACAAAAUUUUCUUGAUGCUAAGUGCAUCUUUGUGUGUCAACGCUUCGCGGGUGGGUAGUCCUAUAGCACCACCUGUAUGGGCUAGUCAAGUACACGCGGAAUUGAUCCAGAAUCGAAGUGGAAACCUCGCAAUGGUUGAACUAUACUAUGACUAUGUGUGGAAACGAAAUCUGAAUAUAAUCGACAAGGGCGAUACAGUUUUAUACGACAAUGAACGACAGAACGGGACCACGUAUUACUAUCAUCCUAAGGAUGUAAAAGCCAACACCACGUGUAAAGCGAUUGAUAUGAGAGUGGGGAUCCUGAAGCCAACAUUUUUAGCGGGUGCAGACUACCAUGGCCUCCUACAAGUGUACUCGCACGCACUUAACACUGAGGUUCAAGCUGAGUACUGGUCUAAGUCUGGCGGUGGACAGGCGCCCUUCUUGCACUACUACCACGACCCAAACCGCAACGUGCCUGUGAAAUGGACGUUUUUUGACAACGCGACCUUUGACGUUGUGUCGUGGGAUACAAGUGUGGACUGCAUGACGAGAUUGGAAGUGGAGGAAGCCUUCUUAAUACCCAGCUACUGUACAGACCUGACCCCCACAUUAGCAUCACUGAACCCAAACACCAAGAACGGUACACAUUCCGAUAUCGCUGCAUCGCACAUUGGUGGUGGUUGCCCAUACACGCGAACUGCAAACAAUUCGAAAAGCGACUCUCCAGCGAGCACUGGAAACAGGUUUCAUUCGAAGACUAUAAUAGCACCUGCAAACAAUUCCGAGUCAGAUCCCAGGGUCACCGCUCUCUUCUUUGCUGUGCUGUUGCUGCCAUUGGUUGGUGUAGCACAACUCUUCAAGUUGUCGCGAUGGUCUGUCGAAGCCAACAUAAACAGUGCAGCAACGAACACGGAAAGGGUGUUGAACAGGGGUGCUCGCAACUUCUCCUGACCGAUUGUUAAAAAACUCUUAACAGCUAACAAAUGAACACUCUUAUAAGACACCUGACCACAAAUUGGCC